AACUUCGGGCGGCGACUGAGGCGGCGGCCGAGCAGCUGCUGAUUUGGGGUGCAGAGAGUCGAGACAUUUAAGCCUGAGCUUCAGGGCGCAGCGCGAGGCUGUGAACCGUAGAAGCAGGAGGGAAGGAGAAAGUGGGGGCUCCUUUGUAGGGACCCCCUCCCCAUGUGGAUCUGCCCAGUCGGCGGCGGCGGCGGAGGAGGCGACCGAGAAGAUGCCCGCCCUGCGCCCCGCUCGGCUAUGGGCGCUGCUGGCCCUCUGGCUGUGCCGCACGGCCCCCGCGCAUGCAUUGCAGUGUCGGGACGGGUAUGAGCCCUGUGUAAAUGAAGGAAUAUGUGUUACUUAUCACAAUGGCACAGGAUACUGCAAAUGUCCAGAGGGCUUCUUGGGAGAGUAUUGUCAACAUCGAGACCCCUGUGAGAAGAAUCGCUGCCAGAAUGGUGGGACCUGUGUGGCCCAGGCCAUGUUGGGGAAAGCCACAUGCCGAUGUGCCCCAGGGUUCACAGGCGAGGACUGCCAGUACUCCACCUCCCACCCGUGCUUCAUGUCUCGCCCCUGCCUGAACGGAGGCACCUGCCACAUGCUCAGCUGGGAUACCUAUGAGUGCACCUGCCAAGUUGGUUUUACAGGUAAGCUGUGCCAGUGGACUGAUGCCUGCCUGUCUCAUCCCUGUGCUAAUGGAAGUUCCUGUACCACUGUGGCCAACCAAUUCUCCUGUGAAUGCCUCGCAGGCUUCACCGGGCAGAAGUGUGAGACUGACAUCAAUGAGUGUGACAUUCCUGGUCGCUGCCAGCACAGUGGCACCUGCCUCAACCUGCCAGGUUCCUAUCAGUGCCAGUGUCCCCAGGGCUUCACAGGACAGCACUGUGACAGCCCCUAUGUGCCCUGUGCCCCCUCCCCCUGUGUCAACGGAGGCACCUGCCGGCAAACUGGAGACUUCACUUUUGAGUGCAGCUGCCUUCCAGGUUUUGAAGGGAGCACCUGUCAACGGAAUAUCGAUGACUGCCCUAACCACAAGUGUCAGAAUGGAGGAGUUUGUGUGGAUGGGGUCAAUACCUACAACUGCCGCUGCCCUCCUCAGUGGACUGGACAAUUCUGCACUGAAGAUGUAGAUGAGUGUCUUCUACAACCCAAUGCCUGUCAGAAUGGGGGCACCUGUACCAACCGCAAUGGAGGCUACGGGUGCGUGUGUGUUAAUGGCUGGAGUGGAGAUGACUGCAGCGAGAACAUCGAUGACUGUGCCUUCGCCUCCUGCACUCCAGGCUCCACCUGCAUUGACCGUGUGGCCUCCUUCUCUUGCAUGUGCCCAGAAGGAAAGGCAGGUCUCUUGUGUCAUCUGGAUGAUGCAUGCAUCAGCAAUCCUUGCCACAAGGGGGCUCUGUGUGAUACCAACCCCUUGAACGGGCAGUAUAUUUGCACCUGCCCACAAGGCUACAAAGGCGCUGACUGUACAGAAGAUGUGGAUGAGUGUGCCAUGGCCAACAGCAACCCAUGUGAGCAUGCAGGAAAAUGUGUGAAUACAGAUGGCGCCUUCCACUGUGAAUGUCUGAAGGGCUAUGCAGGGCCUCGUUGUGAGAUGGACAUCAAUGAGUGCCAUUCAGACCCGUGCCAGAAUGAUGCCACCUGCUUGGAUAAGAUUGGAGGAUUCACAUGUCUGUGCAUGCCAGGUUUCAAAGGUGUGCAUUGUGAAUUGGAGAUAAAUGAAUGUCAGAGCAACCCUUGUGUGAACAAUGGGCAGUGUGUGGAUAAAGUCAAUCGCUUUCAGUGUCUGUGUCCGCCUGGUUUCACUGGGCCAGUUUGCCAGAUUGAUAUUGAUGACUGUUCCAGUACUCCAUGUCUGAAUGGGGCAAAGUGUAUCGAUCACCCAAAUGGAUAUGAAUGCCAGUGUGCCACAGGUUUCACUGGUGUGUUGUGUGAGGAGAACAUAGACAACUGUGACCCUGAUCCUUGCCACCAUGGCCACUGCCAGGAUGGUAUUGAUUCUUACACCUGCAUCUGCAAUCCCGGAUACAUGGGCGCCAUCUGCAGUGACCAGAUUGAUGAAUGCUACAGCAGCCCUUGCUUGAAUGACGGUCGCUGCAUCGACCUGGUAAAUGGCUACCAGUGCAACUGCCAGCCAGGCACGUCAGGGAUUAACUGUGAAAUUAAUUUUGAUGACUGUGCGAGUAAUCCUUGUGUCCAUGGAGUCUGUAAAGAUGGUAUUAACCACUACAGCUGUGUCUGUUCACCAGGAUUCACAGGGCAGAGAUGUAACAUUGACAUUGAUGAGUGUGCCUCCAAUCCCUGUCGCAAGGGUGCAACGUGUAUCAAUGAUGUGAACAGUUUUCGCUGUAUAUGCCCUGAGGGGCCCCAUCACCCCAGCUGCUAUUCUCAGGUGAAUGAGUGCCUGAGCAAUCCGUGUAUCCAUGGAAACUGCACUGGCGGCCUCAGUGGAUACAAGUGCCUCUGUGAUGCAGGCUGGGUUGGCAUCAACUGUGAAGUGGACAAAAAUGAAUGUCUUUCUAACCCAUGCCAGAAUGGAGGAAUUUGUGACAAUCUGGUGAAUGGAUACAGAUGUACUUGCAAGAAGGGCUUUAAAGGCCAUAACUGUCAGGUGAAUAUUGAUGAAUGUGCUUCAAAUCCGUGCCUGAACCAAGGAACCUGCUCUGAUGACAUAAGUGGCUACACUUGCCACUGUGUGCUCCCAUACACAGGCAAGAAUUGUCAGACUGUAUUGGCUCCUUGCUCCCCAAACCCUUGUGAGAAUGCUGCUGUUUGCAAAGAGGCACCAAAUUUUGAGAGUUACACCUGUCUUUGUACUCCUGGCUGGCAAGGUCAGCGGUGUACAAUUGAUAUUGACGAGUGUGUCUCCAAGCCCUGCAUGAACCACGGCGUCUGCCAUAACACCCCGGGCAGCUACACGUGCGAGUGCCCUCCAGGCUUCAGCGGUAUGGACUGUGAGGAGGACAUUGAUGACUGCCUUGCCAAUCCUUGCCAGAAUGGAGGUUCCUGUGUGGAUGGAGUCAAUACUUUCUCCUGCCUCUGCCUUCCGGGGUUCAUUGGGGAUAAGUGCCAGACAGACAUGGAUGAGUGUUUGAGCGAGCCCUGUAAGAAUGCAGGGACCUGCUCCGACUAUGUCAGCAGUUACACCUGCAGGUGUCAGGCGGGAUUUGAUGGAGUCCACUGUGAGAACAACAUUGAUGAGUGCACUGAGAGCUCCUGUUUCAAUGGUGGCACGUGUGUCGAUGGGAUUAACUCCUUCUCCUGCUUGUGCCCUAUGGGUUUCACUGGCCCCUUCUGCCUCCAUGAGAUCAAUGAAUGCAACUCUCAUCCAUGCCUGAAUGAAGGGACGUGUGUUGAUGGCCUGGGUACCUACCAUUGUACCUGUCCCUUGGGCUACACUGGGAAAAACUGUCAGACCCUGGUGAACCUCUGCAGCCAAUCUCCAUGUAAAAACAAAGGUACCUGCAUUCAGGACAAAGCAGAGUUCCGGUGCCUGUGUCCCUCCGGAUGGGCUGGGGCCUACUGUGACGUGCCCAGUGUCUCCUGUGAGGUGGCAGCCUCCCGCAGAGGGCUGCCUGUCGACCGUCUGUGCCAGCACUCUGGGAUCUGCAUCAGUGCCGGCAACACGCAUCACUGCCAGUGCCCUAUGGGCUACACUGGGAGCUACUGCGAGGAGCAGCUGGACGAGUGUACAUCCAAUCCCUGCCAGCAUGGAGCCACCUGCAGUGACUUCAUUGGUGGAUACCGAUGCGAGUGUGUCCCAGGAUAUCAGGGUGUCAACUGUGAAUAUGAAGUGGAUGAGUGCCAGAAUCAGCCAUGCCAGAAUGGAGGCACCUGUAUCGACCUUGUGAACCAUUUCAAGUGCUCCUGCCCUCCAGGCACUCAGGGCCUACUUUGUGAAAAGAACAUUGAUGACUGUGCCAGGGGCCCCCACUGCCUUAAUGGCGGUCAGUGUGUGGAUAGGAUUGGGGGCUACAGUUGUCGCUGCCUGCCUGGCUUUGCUGGUAAGCGGUGUGAGGGGGACAUCAACGAAUGCCUCUCCAACCCCUGCAGCUCUGAGGGCAGCCUGGACUGCAUACAGCUUACCAAUGACUACCUGUGUGUCUGCCGCAGUGCCUUCACCGGCCGUCACUGUGAAACCUUCGUGGAUGUGUGUCCCCAGAUGCCUUGCCUCAAUGGAGGGACUUGUGCUGUGGCCAGCAACAUGCCUGAUGGUUUCAUUUGUCGUUGUCCCCCGGAAUUCUCUGGGGCAAGAUGCCAGAGCAGCUGUGGACAAGUGAAGUGUAGGAGAGGGGAGCAGUGCGUGCACGCAGCCUCAGGACCCCGCUGCUUCUGCCCCAACCCCCAGGACUGUGAGCCAGGCUGUGCCAGCAGCCCCUGCCAGCACGGGGGCACCUGCUAUCCUCAGCGCCAGCCUCCGUAUUACUCUUGCCAGUGCCCUUCUCCGUUCUGGGGCAGCCACUGCGAGCUCUACAUGGCCCCCACCAGCAUGCCUCCUGCCAUCUGUCUCAGCCAGUAUUGCGCUGACAAAGCUCGGGAUGGCGUCUGUGAUGAGGCCUGCAAUAGCCACGCCUGCCAGUGGGAUGGGGGUGACUGCUCCCUUACCAUGGAGAACCCCUGGGCCAACUGUUCCUCCCCACUUCCGUGCUGGGAUUACAUCAACAACCAGUGUGACGAGCUGUGCAACACGGCCGAGUGCCUCUUUGACAACUUUGAAUGCCAGGGGAACAGCAAAACAUGCAAGUAUGACAGAUAUUGUGCUGACCACUACAGAGACAACCAUUGUGACCAAGGAUGUAACAGCGAGGAGUGUGGCUGGGAUGGACUGGACUGUGCUGCUGACCAGCCGGAGAAGCUGGCAGAGGGAACCCUGGUUAUUGUGGUGCUGAUGCCACCUGAACAGCUGCUCCAGGAUGCUCGUGGCUUCUUGCGGGCACUGGGCACCCUGCUCCACACCAACCUGCGCAUUAAACGGGACCCCCAGGGGGCCCUCAUGGUGUACCCAUAUUAUGGAGAGAAGUCAGCUGCCAUGAAGAAGCAAAAGAUGACACGCAGGUCCCUUCCUGUUGAACAAGAGCAGGAGGUGGCUGGCUCUAAAAUAUUUCUGGAAAUUGACAACCGCCAAUGUGUUCAAGAUUCAGACCAGUGCUUCAAGAACACCGAUGCAGCAGCAGCUCUUCUGGCUUCUCACGCCAUCCAGGGGACCCUGUCAUACCCUCUUGUGUCUGUCAUCAGUGAAUCCUGGACUCCAAAAAGCACUCAGCUCCUCUACCUACUUGCUGUUGCUGUUGUCAUUAUCCUAUUUAUUAUCCUGCUGGGGGUAAUCAUGGCAAAACGAAAGCGUAAGCACGGCUCCCUCUGGCUGCCUGAAGGUUUCACCCUUCGCCGAGACUCCAGCAAUCACAAGCGUCGUGAGCCAGUGGGACAGGAUGCCGUGGGGCUGAAAAAUCUGUCAGUGCAAGUUUCGGAGGCUAACCUAAUUGGUUCUGGAACAAGUGACAAUUGGGUCGAUGCUGAAGGACCCCAGCCGAAGAAAGCCAAGGGUGAAGAUGAGGCUUUACUCUCAGAAGAGGAUGACCCCAUCGACCGACGCCCAUGGACGCAGCAGCACCUGGAAGCUGCAGACAUCCGUAGGACACCGUCGUUUGCACCUACUCCUCCUCAGGCAGAGCAGGAGGUGGAUGUGCUGGACGUGAAUGUCCGUGGCCCAGAUGGGUGCACCCCACUGAUGCUGGCAUCUCUCCGAGGGGGCAGCUCAGACAUGAGUGAUGAAGAUGAAGAAGCAGAAGACUCUUCUGCAAACAUCAUCACAGACUUGGUUGGCCAGGGUGCCAGCCUCCAGGCCCAGACAGACCGCACGGGCGAGAUGGCCCUGCACCUUGCAGCCCGCUACUCAAGGGCAGAUGCUGCCAAGCAUCUCCUGGAUGCAGGUGCCGAUGCCAAUGCCCAAGACAACAUGGGCCGCUGCCCUCUCCAUGCUGCAGUGGCAGCCGAUGCCCAGGGUGUCUUCCAGAUUCUGAUCCGCAACAGAGCAACUGAUCUAGACGCCAGGAUGAACGAUGGUACUACACCCCUGAUCCUGGCUGCCCGCCUGGCUGUGGAGGGAAUGGUGGCAGAGCUGAUCAACUGCCAAGCAGAUGUGAAUGCAGUGGAUGAUCACGGAAAAUCUGCUCUUCACUGGGCAGCUGCUGUCAAUAACGUGGAGGCGACCCUUUUGCUGUUGAAAAAUGGAGCCAACCGAGACAUGCAGGACAACAAGGAAGAGACACCCCUGUUUCUUGCUGCACGGGAGGGGAGCUAUGAAGCAGCUAAGAUCCUGUUAGACCACUUUGCCAACCGGGACAUCACAGACCACAUGGAUCGCCUCCCCCGGGAUGUGGCUCGGGAUCGCAUGCAUCAUGACAUUGUGCGCCUCCUGGAUGAGUACAACGUGACACCAAGCCCUCCAGGCACUGUGCUGACUUCUGCUCUCUCACCUGUCAUCUGUGGACCCAACAGGUCUUUCCUCAGCCUGAAGCACACCCCUAUGGGCAAGAAGCCUAGACGGCCCAAUGCCAAGAGUGCCAUGCCCACUAGCCUCCCUCACCUGGCCAAGGAGGCCAAGGAUGCCAAGGGUAAUAGGAGGAAGAAGUCUCUGAGCGACAAGGGCCAACUAUCUGAGAGCUCAGUGACCUUAUCCCCCGUUGAUUCCCUGGAGUCUCCUCACACAUACGUUUCUGACACCACAUCCUCUCCAAUGAUUACGUCCCCUGGAAUCUUACAGGCCUCACCACCCAACCCUAUGUUGGCCACUGCUGCCCCACCUGCCCCCGCCCACUCACAGCAUGCAUUGUCUUUCUCUAACCUUCAUGAAAUGCAGCCUUUGGCUCAUGGGACCAGCACUGUGCUUCCCUCAGUGAGCCAGUUGCUGUCCCACCACCACAUUGUCCCUCCAGGCAGUGGCAGUGCAGGGAGCUUGGGUAGGCUACAUCCAGUCACUGUCCCAGCAGACUGGAUGAACCGCAUGGAGAUGAAUGAAACCCAGUACAAUGAGAUGUUUGGUAUGGUCCUCACUCCAGCUGAGGGCACCCACCCUGGCAUAGCUCCCCAGAACAGGCCACCUGAUGGGAAGCACAUAACUACCCCUCGGGAGCCACUGCCACCCAUUGUGACUUUCCAGCUAAUCCCCAAAGGCAGCAUUGCCCAACCAGCUGGGGCCUCUCAGCCUCAGUCCAACUGUCCUCCCACUGUUGCAGGCCCCCUGCCCACCAUGUACCAGAUUCCGGAAAUGGCCCGUUUGCCAAAUGUGGCUUUCCCCACUGCCUUGAUGCCCCAGCAGGAUGGUCAGGUAGCUCAGACCAUUCUGCCAGCCUAUCAUCCUUUCCCAGCCUCUGUGGGCAAGUAUCCCACCCCCCCUUCACAGCACAGUUAUGCCUCCUCAAAUGCUGCUGAGAGGACACCCAGCCACAGUGGUCACCUCCAAGGUGAGCAUCCCUACCUGACACCAUCCCCAGAGUCUCCUGACCAGUGGUCAAGUUCAUCACCCCACUCUGCUUCUGACUGGUCAGAUGUAACCACCAGCCCUACCCCUGGGGGAGCUGGAGGAGGUCAGCGGGGACCUGGGACACACAUGUCUGAGCCACCGCACAGCAACAUGCAGGUCUAUGCGUGAAAGAGUCUGCCUCCAGUGUAAGGACAGAACUGCCUAUUGUAAAUGCUGCUGAGGAACAAAAUGAAGGUCAUCUGGGAGAGAAAUGAAGAAAUCUCUGAAACCAGCUCCUGGAGGCAGGAGAGAUAAGAUGCUCUUACUUUCAGAUAAUGCAAAGAAGCAAUUUUAUCAGCUUCACUGAGUAUCUGCAGGGUUUUUGCUUGGGAAUAUGGCUCCUUCUAAUCAGUUGCCCAUCAAGCCAAGUUCAUGGAAAUGCAAGAUGAAGACAAGCCUUAGGGUCAUGUUUACUCCCUUCCUUUUGCAGAAUAAGACUGAUGCCUAUUGUAGCCCAGACAUUCUUGCAGCUUGGACUGUAUUUUAAGCCCUGAGGGCUUUUGCCGUAUCUGUGAGAAGUUUCCUCAGUAGAGAGUCCUGUUGGGAAUUGUGCCCUGGAAUUCUGCCUGAGUUGACCUUUCUCAUCUUUUUAUCCUGGGACAUUCUUUUGACUUCAUUUGGUGCUUUAAUUGUUGCACCUCUGCAUGGUUGUAGCCCCGCCAGUAUGUUAAAGGGCAAAACCUUUGUGUUUCAGUCAUUCCUGCCCUGGAAAGCAACUUCAUCCUCCUUUUUCCCUCCUAUUUCCCAGUAUCCCUAGGAGUUUCACAGGGUUUAUUUUGAUUGUACACAGCCUUCUAAGUGUGUUUCUUUAGGAAAUGGACACACUGCAUUCUCCUACAUAUAUCAUUCCUAGAGGGAGAAGAGGAGCAAAAGAUGUUUUGUUGGACAAAUUUGGGAGGUAAGAGAUCCCUUCAGGAGACUGCCACCUUAAUUCUCUUGCCUGCAUGCAGGGCCACAUAUAAACCUUACCAGGAAGAAUAAGUAUCUGCUGUUUAUCCAUUUGCGGGUCUAGUCAGUGUGAAGUUUUACCCUCGGCAGCCUAGAUAGUAUGACCUUUUCUUGUUUGUUUUUCUUUUAAGCCAAAAAAACUUUUGGAAUGACCAACAGGUAAGCUAACUCGUGCAAGAGGUAGUUACCACCCAGCAGGCCUCUUCCCUUCCUGCCAAGCAUUCUGUUGACUGCCAACUUGAAACUCAUUUUCCCCCAGAUUGUACGACGCUCAGCCCUGCUUCAUUCCCCCUACCAUCAAUUGAAGCUAGUUUUAGGUGCUGAGGCUUUCCUUCCUCACAUCACCACAGAAGAAAAUGUCUUAAACUGUACACCCUCGCCACUUAAAACAACUUUCCUAAGCUCAGGGGACUCAGUUUCAGUUGUCUUCCUCUUGCAGGCCCAUUCACCAGUCUUCCCUCCGCAUUUGGGUGCUCUGAGUCACUGGUGCACUUGGUACGUUCUCGAGGAAAGACAUUUUCUAUAUUCAAAGCUAGGAAAUGGAAAGUUGGCCUAAUUUCAAGAGUGCAAGCCAGCCCUUGGACUAGAAAGUUGGAAAGGGGAGGAACUGUGAGGUGGCAUUUGCUAUUGAUUGCUGCCAUUUCUUCUCCCUUCCUUGUGACAUUCCUUUUUGGAGACUAAUCUAUACAGACUUACCAAGCCUGCUUUCCUUUCUUAAGUCACAUUCUGGGUGAUGAUUACAAACUCUCUUGUCAUUGUCCUCCUCAUGUUCAGAUUGUAACUGCACAACACCUCAGUCCACUCCCUUUAUUUAUGCUGUCUGCGACUUCCUUGACUUUUCUGUCAAGGGUAGAAGCAUUCUAGACAAUUGUAAAAAUAGGAUGAGAAUAUUUUUCUUUUCCUCCUCCCUGAGUCAACUAAAAAUUGUCCCAGUGGCCAUACUAUCACUUCUACCCAGCGCUGUGGAGCCCCGGGAAAUAGUUCUGUGAUGCCAUUUUGUAGCUGUUAAUAUGUUAAUUGCCUACUCUGUUUUGCAUUCAUUCCUGCCAGGACCAGAAGUAGUUGUCAGUACUCUCCAAGUAUCUCAUUUAUCCGACUGUGGGCCCCAUGUGGAAACCCUAUGUGUUUGUUGGCAUGACUGUCUACAAAUGGUUUUUCAAUCCUGCCCAAGUUCAUUGAACCAACAAAAAUAACUAAUCCUGCCUUGGUAUAAACAGAUUUCAUUCAUUCUGUAUUUUAUUCUUUUGCAUUCCAACAUUCUACCAGCCUCUUUCAAAGUGUGUGAACAUUUUAUCAUUCUAAAUGGUGACUCUGCACCUUGGACCCAUUUAUCAGUUCAUGGAUAGGAAGGACUUACCUGCAUGGGCCAUUUUGAACGACACCCUGCCUGCUUCUCUCUGCACCCCUUCUCCAGCCCCUCUUCCCAAAAGUAUCAGCGUUCAGUCCAGCAGCUGUGAUCUUCUGUAGCCUCCUCCAUCCCUGAGCACAGUGCAGGACUAACUUGCUUGUUUUCCUUCUUGGGAUACUUUAAUUUCAGUCCUUUGAGUUUUGGAGAAGAGAGUGUGAGAGCUGCCAUUCACAUACAACAGGCUUCAAUGAUGAAGAGGAGGACACUGCUUUUCAAGCAUUUUAUCAGAUUUUAAGGACCCCCUGAGUUGUAUAGUAUUUAAUAAAAGGGAAGGUAAGAUGGAGAAUCACUUUCUCAGUUGGGUUCUGAAUUGAAGACUAAGUUUUUAUAGGAUGCAUCUUUAAUGCCACGUAUAGAUUCCUUCGCCCACCCCCUCCCCUUUUUUUUUUAAAGUUCUUCCUUUGACUCUCCUUCUGCCUUGGUUUUUUAUUUGUGUCUUCUGUUUUGUUUUAAGCAUCAUUUUCUGACUUACAUGAUAGUGGGAGAGGGAGAAGUUUGAGGGAAAGAGAGACUGAGAAUUAAAGAUUUUAUUGUAAGUAGGUAUGAUGCUCAAGUCCAUUAUAUAUUCUUAUUAUUAAAUUUGCUAGCUGGUAAUUCUUGCAUAGAAAAGAACCAAAGGUAUAAUGUCUUCCUGGCGGGUGGUUUGUGGAUUUUGGCCUUAACCAGUACACUGAAUGUAUGACUAUUUGGGAGGACACUUUUAUAUACCCAGAGGCCCCCACUAAUAACUGUUUGGUACUAUGGCUCCUUCCCUGUGUACAUUUCUCUUAAAAGUGAUAUUAUAUCUGUUUGUAUGAGAAACCCAAUAACCAGUAAAAUGACUGCAUAUUUCUGACUAGAUAUAGUAAGGAAAAUGCACACUUCGUUUUUACUUUUCAAAGUUUCAUUCUAAAAGUAGUUAAGAACAAAUUUAUAUGAAAGCAUUUUUAUCACAAAAUAAAAAAGGUUACAUGUCAAGUUCAGUGGCAUUUCAUUUUUUUUUUCCUAAUCCUGUGUCCUUGGCCUUCCAAUUAUUACUUCUGUUAUGUCAUAAUUUGUGGAGAGAGAAAUCAUUUUAUUUUCAUUCUGGAUGUCACAAAACCUGUGCUUUUUUUUUUUU